ACAGCCCGGCAGAGCGGAGCGGCGGCGGCAGCCCGGGCUCCGGGACCGGCACUGGGAACGGGACGGGGACGUGCCCCGGGACGGCGGCAGAGCAUGGGCUGUGUGAGGUCGAAGGCAGCUGCUGUCCAAGAGAAGACGACAAAAACUGAUCCUGACCCUGAUCCCAGUCCCAGCAUCCAGCAGGGCCACUAUGUGAGGGACCCCACGGCCGUCAACAGGAGGAACAAUCACGUCCCCAGUGUGGCUGUGCCCCUGCCUGAGGAUGGCUCGGGGGACAAUGUGGUGCUGGCACUCUACGACUACGAGGCGAUGAACGCUGGGGACCUCAGCUUCCAGAAAGGAGAGCGGCUGAAGGUGCUGGAGGAGUCAGGGGCCUGGUGGCAAGCGCGGUCUCUGGUGACGGGACGUGAAGGCUUCAUCCCCAGCAAUUAUGUUGCCCGAGCUGAUUCCCUGGAGACAGAGGAGUGGUUUUUCAAAGGCAUCAGCCGGAAGGACGCGGAGAGGCAGCUCCUUGGCCCUGGGAAUGCGAUCGGGUCCUUCAUGAUACGGGACAGCGAGACGACCAAAGGCUCCUACUCGCUGUCGGUGCGGGACGGGGACGGGAUGCAGGGCGGUGCAGUGAAGCAUUACAAGAUCCGGACACUGGACAGCGGGGGCUUCUACAUCUCCCCACGCAACAACUUCAACACGCUGCAGGAGCUGGUCCAGCACUACAAGGGUCAGAGCGACGGGCUGUGCCAGAAGCUCACCCAACCCUGCCACGUGCCCAAACCGCAGAAGCCCUGGGAGAAGGAUGCCUGGGAGAUCCCUCGGGAGUCACUGAGGCUGGAGAAGAAGCUGGGAGCUGGGCAGUUUGGAGAAGUGUGGAUGGCCACCUACAACAAGCACACCAAGGUAGCGGUGAAGACGAUGAAGCCGGGCAGCAUGUCCGUGGACGCCUUCCUGGAGGAGGCGAACCUGAUGAAGACGCUGCAGCACGACAAGCUGGUGAAGCUGCACGCGGUGGUGACCAAGGAGGAGCCCAUCUACAUCAUCACCGAGUUCAUGGAGAAAGGGAGCUUGCUGGAUUUCCUAAAGAGCAAUGAGGGGAACAGGCUGCCGCUCCCGAAGCUGAUCGACUUCUCUGCCCAGAUUGCAGAAGGAAUGGCUUUCAUUGAGAAGAGGAACUACAUCCACAGAGACCUGAGAGCUGCCAACAUCCUGGUGUCAGCAGUGCUGGUGUGCAAGAUCGCAGACUUCGGGCUGGCCAGGGUCAUCGAGGACAGCGAGUACACGGCCCGGGAAGGUGCCAAGUUUCCCAUUAAAUGGACUGCACCAGAAGCCAUCAACUACGGAUCUUUCUCUAUAAAAUCUGAUGUCUGGUCCUUUGGGAUCCUCCUGACAGAGAUCAUUACCUAUGGACGCACCCCUUAUCCAGGGAUGUCGAACGUGGAGGUGAUCCGGGCGCUGGAGCGCGGGUACCGGAUGCCGCGCACGGAGAACUGCCCCGAGGAGCUCUACGACAUCAUGAUGAGGUGCUGGAAGAGCAGGCCCGAGGACCGUCCCACCUUUGAGUACACACAGAGCGUUCUGGAGGAUUUCUUCACUGCCACAGAGAGCCAGUACCAGCAGCAGCCCUAGCGCAGGACGCUCGGGGCAGACACUGCCGGUGACCACACACACACUCCACUCUUCCCUGUCCCACCCUGCCCUGCUUCCCCCGCCAGCGUGGCCCCGGAUUUCCCCAGGAUACACUGUGGCU